AUGGAGAAACUGGUGCUCCUCGGCUUAGUGUUGCUCGCACAACAAGCUGCAUCCCAAAAUGUGAUCUACAAACUAAGCAAAGAGGAAUUCAGCCGCAUGCCGCCCAAGUUCCACGCGGACCGUUUCUUGCGCUGCAUGGGCGGGCGCGGAGGCGUGUACUGCACCGCAUACGCCGACGUCGUCGCCGACGCGCCGAGCGAGCUGCUCGACAUGAUGCGGGCGUACUCAGCGCACUCAGUCACGCACUACAACUAUACGAAUUUGCGAUACGGUUUGUGUCUCACGCAAGAAUGCCGGUCAUUCUACGACGGCAGUGACAACGAAGCAGAUCUCAAGACGUCGUCUGAAGCCUGCCUCAACCACUCUCUGUCUGCUGAGUAUGGUCUGAAGACUCGUGUCACAGAGGUAAACUGCUACUUCGAGGGGAAGAGCAAGUACUCAGUGGACUGGAUGGACCGGCUGGUGGCGCUGCUGCUGCUCGGAUUCCUAGCGCUCAACGUACUAGGCACUGCGUACGGUCAGCUCAGGGACCGGACAAAGCCAGCAAAUCCCAUACUAAUGGCAUUUUCUCUCAGUGAGAAUUGGAAACGAAUGAAAGAGCCUUCAUCGUCGGAUCCCAAAAUGAAACAGCUCCGGCAGCUCAACGGAAUGAAGGUGAUGAGUGCGAUCCUCUCAGUGCUAGGUCACGCAGCCUUGCCUCUUUUCUCUACUAUCGAAAAUACCAACUGGUUGGAAAAGGUUUAUGAUCACCCCAUGGCCAAGUUUAUGCUGCACGGGCAUCUGUUGAUGGCGACCUUUUUUCUGAUAUCGGGGCUGCUGCUCGCGUAUAACACUCAAGUGAUGGCUGAGAAAGUGACUCUUUCCUGGAAGAUUCUGCCGAGGGCUAUCUUUAAUAGGUGGCUGAGGUUGACACCAAUGUGCAUGGUGUUCAUAUCAAUAACAGCCACUUUUAUGAGGUUUGCUGAUUAUGGGCCUUUUGGGCAGAUUAUAGGUCUGGAAGCGCAGGACUGCCGUAACUACUGGCUCUAUAACUUGUUCCACCUGCACAAUUUCAAUGACCACUCACAGUGCCUCCUUCAGACCUGGUCCACGGCUUGUGACUUCCACCUGCACAUCAUAGGCAUGGCCGUGAUGGUGCUGUCGCCAAGCGCCAAGGCGCGCUGGUGGUGCCUGGGCGCGCUGUUCGCGGUCGGCCUCGCCUGGCCUGCGUACAACAUUUACACUAUGGACCUAGAUGCCACCAUGCUCGCCAGUCCCAGGUAG